AUCGUAGCCAAUCAGAAAACGGCAUUCGUGAUAGAACGCUACAGUAGAUUUAUACUAAAACAGAAUAGGCAGUAAGUAGCUAGCGCAGCCAAUAAGGGAUCAUAAGAGAACGGUAUUGAUGAUGGAACGCUAGUAGAUCUGUAGACUGCGAAUAGUCUCUCUUUUCCUCGAAAAUCCGUGGGGAAGAACGCAAGACAAGUAAGUGUGCGAGCGUGAAUGCAAGCGUGACGUACGAGCGGCGAUGCUGCGAGCCGCUAGUGCUCGUCUUCCAACGCCCGCGCUACUAGCGGCUCGCGGCAUCGCCGCUCGCACGUCACUCUCACAGUCACGCACGCACGCUUACUUGUUUUGCGUUCUUCCCCACGGAUUUUCGAGGAAAAGAGAGACUGCUUGCAGUCUAGUAGAUCUAUACUAAAAAUCGAUAGACAUAUGCUAGUCUUUCCAAUGUACUGGGCGUUGCAGCCUUGUGUACGAAUGGGUAUAUUAUUCGUGAUGCGACAUCAUUACAUUUAAAAUUCUUCUUAGUGCUGAGAAAGGGCAGUUUUCUAGUUUGAGUAUAUCUUUUAUUGAACUUGUCACUUGGCACGAACUUGAGAGAGCUUUCAUCAAAACUUCUUCCGCAGAAAGUUUUGGUAAUUAGUAUUUAGGCCCACCUGUUCAAAUAUUUCUUUUAUAACAACAUGGGUAAUAAAAUGUUAACCAAUCACAGAAGAACAUUCUAGUGACGUCAACAAAUGAACAAUUUAAGAAAGUGACGGGUGGCAACAUGCGUCCUACACCGGAGCUAAAAAGAUCAGAUUUGCGUUAUAAUCGCGAUAUUUAAUUGAUAUUUACUUUGUACGGCUGACAAGAAUAUGAAAACCGAAGUGUUGUAGAAAUAGGUGUCGCGUUAAUUUACAUUAGAGCAGUUACUUGGUUUUAAUUUCCAGUUUGAAUUUACUAAGCUAGCUGGGUUGUGGUUCCUUUUAAGCCUUGAUAAACAAAAAUUAUUCACAGCAUAUCUCAAAAUGACUUAAGUACCAACACGUUACAGUUUAGCAGAGACCCAGACACAUUUUUACGCGAAUUUUUUUCCAGAGGGAGGAUGCCAUGGUACAUUGUUGGUGAUUGCCCCGCUGGAAGGAUGCCUAAUGCAAUAUCAUGGCGAAUCAGCUUCCUCGUCAUAGGAGAGAUCAGCACCUUAUCUCUCGAUUUUUGCCCAGAUAAACGAAAACACUUUGAUGAACCAUCAGUUUCUCAAAACUACAAACAUUAAAACAAUUUGACAUCCAGUAUAGCGAUCAGAAUUUCCCUCUUGAAUUAGAAACUGUUAAGGUGUCAGAAAAAGAGACUUAAAAAUUGCUAUGAUCUUAAUUUGUAAAAAAGGCAAUAAUUAGACAAAGGCGUCUUCAAGUCUCACGAGGAACAGCUUCUGAAACUUGACAUUCAGCCAUUGUUUGCUUUGCCUUCCUGUAUCAUUGGUUAUCUGUGCUGAACCGAUUAUGAUAAUUUCCCACCAAAAGUUGCAAUCCAACUGAGACUACAUGUUCGUUCGCUAAACCAAGACUUAUGUCACAGGAUUUGUGUUACGGUUAAUGGAAUAUGAAAACUGUUUAUCAAUUCCAAAAACAAAGUGAAGGUUUGAUUACGACGAAUCGUUAGACAUGUUAGGUUCGAUGACGAGUAAACAUUUCCAAGACACCUACUUCAGUGGCUAAGUCACCCAGAGAGUUGCUUUACUAACACUUAAUUAACCGGCGACGGAACGCAAAAUGCAAGUGGAAAACACCAGUUUCUACAAGACACAUGAAAUCUGGAACUUCUUGGAAACGGAUAAAUCCUUAGCACUGUCUGUGGGUGUCAUCAUGGUUAUAAUGUGCCCAAUGAUUGUCUUUGGAAAUACACUGAUUAUCUCUGUUGUGUGGAAAGACCCUUUAAGAAACCUUCGUUCGUUCACUUCCAGCUACAUACUACAGUCACUAGCCAUUGCUGACUUUUUGGUGGGUUCCAUCCUGUGUCCUCUACAUUCUUAUUGGUCGCUGACAUCAGCCGUUGGCGAUGAACCACUUUUCUCCGUGCGUGUGCCACUGUCUCUAAACGCCAUCUUGAUAAGCGUGUCAGUAGGUCAUGUGCUGUUAUUGACCAUCGAUAGAGUUUUGGCAUUGCUUGCACCGCUGCAGUAUCGAGUCAAAGUGACUAACAGACGUGUCUGUACCGUGAUUUGCGCUAUUUGGGGUUACGCCUUGGUUCUGGGAGUUUUUCACGUUGCGCUUGCCGAUCACUUCCUUAUUUUCAGCAUAAUAUACACUGCGCAAGUCCUCAUAGCCGUUUCUGCCGUCAUUUGUAUGAAUAUCGCGAUUCUCUGUCACUUUCUGAAGGAUUCCACGAGGAGCGAAAAUUCAACGGAGGCAGUGCCAAUCCGACAUUUUUAUCAAAGAGAGAAAAAUCUCAACAAGGCCAUAGCCCUCAUAGUGUGCACAAAUGUUGUUUGUUUCACUCCAUGGCUAUUAAUCGAGACAAUACUAUAUUUAUGCAUGUUAUGUCGCCCAAACCUGGAGUCACUAAUGAAAGGGCUCGGGUUUUCAUCAAUUCUGAUAUAUAUUAUUUCUUUGUUGAAUCCUCUUCUAUACUCGUGGCGCUUGGCAAGAUUUCGAAACUCGCUCAAGCAUUUGUUAUCAAACAGUCCCCACAGGGUUCCGCACGAACAACCAGAACAUGUGGAGCAGGAGGAGUACGACACGAGACUUUAGUUAAUUUGUAGCAAAAUACGCUAAUUAGGCUAAGACGAAUAAACAAGGGAAGUAA